AUGUAUCAGUUCCUCUGUACACGACGACUAAGUGUUCAAAAGUUACAGAUAAUUAACAAGAUGAAGUACUUCUACUUUUUAUUCGCGAUCGUUUGCGCUGUGUCAGCUCAGGAUUACUAUGUUAAUAUAGACGAAGGCUAUCCAGACUGGUAUUUAGAGCCUCAAAUGAGGUACCGCCGUGACGUCACGCUAGAUCGCAAAGUUGGAGCCAAUGGUCGCGUGUUUGGAACCCUGGGGUCAAAUGACGAUGGAUUAUUUGGCAAGGGAGGUUACGAGCACCAGAUCUUCAACGACAACCGAGGUAAAUUGAACGGUCAAGUGUCCGGAACCCGUGUGUUGGGGCCCUAUGGUGACUCUUCGCAUAUGGGUGGAGGUCUCAACUGGCAAAACUCUAAUGCCGCUGCUUCCCUGGAUGUUAGCAAACAGAUUCAUGGACCAACUUCAUGGUCUGCAGCAGCGGGUGGCAAAUGGCCAGUUGGUAAAAAUGGAGAUCUUUCCCUACAAGGCACGUACAACCAAAUGUCAGGUCGCCGUCCCGACUAUGGUGGCCAAGGUGUUUUUAACUAUCAUUGGUGA